AUGCGAGUCGGUGCCAAGGCCGCAGUCUACGUCACGGCCGUCCUUGAAUACCUGACUGCCGAAGUGUUGGAGCUGGCAGGCAACGCCGCCAAGGACCUCAAGGUGAAGCGCAUCACCCCUCGCCAUCUCCAGUUGGCUAUCCGAGGUGACGAAGAGCUCGAUACCCUCAUCCGUGCCACCAUCGCCUUUGGUGGUGUCCUUCCUCACAUCAACCGUGCCCUCCUCCUCAAGGUCGAGCAGAAGAAGAAGGCCAAGGCUUUGGAGGCCUAA